AUGUCACGCCAAGAGUGCCUUUUCCAACCCUAUCCUGAGCGAAGAAACGAGCCUCAUCCACGCAGAGAGUACCUCUUCCACUCCUACGAUGGCCAUCAAUUCAGUCCUGUCAAGCGAGUAGAGACAGCAGCACCGCUUUGGGAAUGGCCAGAGAAAGAGCGCAUUAGGAAGGAGCGAAUGGGGAGGGCCAGACGCCUUGCCGCGUCUGUCAACGGAAGGACUUCGCAAAUCAGCGAAUCUUCAAAUAAUGAUACAACGUCAGGAAAUACCUUGAUUUCAAGCAGUACCCGAGCCAAAAGAAAGGUAGUCUGGGAACCGCAGCCGGAGGUAUCAGAUCUCGAACCUCUUGGUUACAAGCCUUGGGUACCUACCGUCGAUCCUACGAUGCCACAAUCGAGAUUCCAGCCUCCAUCGUCACCGCCCAUAAAUUCUUCCGUGUCAGAAGCAUCAAAUCCAUUUAUUGAGGUUGCUCACGGUGGUAGUGGCAAUACGAAACAGUUACAUGUAUACAUACAGCCAGCAGAAGAAACGAUACGAGAAGCGGGGAUCACAGUACAUCCAUCCGAUAUCCGUACACUCCAACAUCUGGCCGCCCUAGAAGCUUUUUGGAGAAGCCCGUAUAUCCUCGAUCAGCUUCGCUAUUUUUGCUGCAACCCAGAAGCAUUCCAAUUGAAAAUAGGACAAGACAGUAUUGCCAAGACCGCCCAAAGUGUACAGAAAAUGAUUUUAAAUGAACUUAGGGGAUUCUGGGAAUCGGAAGAGUGUGCACCGACGCUGCAUGCCUUCUAUACGGAAAUGGACAACGUCCUUACUCACUUUCUACGUGUGAAAGCAGGAGGCCGCCCCUGUAUCCUUGGCCAAGACGGCCAAUUGUGGGAGAAAGACACACAAUUUAGCACGGGAACCGAGGAUAAGCUAGUGCGGGCGAUUAUAAUCCACAAUACGGUCAAGCUACCAGAGCCAGGCAAACCAUCCUCGACUUUACGAGUGAACAUCCUAUCGGGCCUCUUUGACAUCCGCGUCCGUCUAGAGCAGGAGAUCAAACCAAUCGUCAAGCAAUUUGUGUCUGCUAAAAGAGAUGACAUCAAUGAGCAGGACUGCACUAAUCUAACUCGUAGGAUCGAGACAGAAGUGGUCGCCGGGUUACUGAAAUGGGCUGCCGAAAUCAAUCCCGAGCCGGAAGAUCUUUCGUUUGGACAAGAGAUUCUGAACGACGCCUCGGAGUUUCAAGCGAUACUGAAGCUCUUGGGUAAGGCGAGGUAUGACCUCAGAAAACCUCCAUUCCAUGACUGCGGUCCAAGUUGCCAUUUCACGAAGGCGAAUGACAAGUUAAAGCAAACGAAUGAGCACAUCAGCCUUCAUCGUUUGGUGCAGCAUUUCAAGGAAUUCCAUAUACCCAUGUGCGUGCACUUUGCUGCGACCGCGUCAGAUUUUCCAGCAGAACGAAAGAAGAAUCAUGAAAAUCUAAUAAGGGUUCUGUCCCAAAGGGUUCAGUACAGAGUUGAUCAAUAUCGUCCAUCAUCGAAUGUUGGGAAGGAGCUCAAGAAGAAUUUCAGCAGGAACCUCGUUUGGCUGUUGAGCGCGAUGGAUGAAAUUGAGGCCGGGCACUUCGAGAUGAGAUACAACCCUUACAAGCCGAGGGAGCUAUCGGCUCCCAAGACGGUCUUCUUAGACCCAGAUCAAGAAUUCAAGGAGGUUUUUGGCAUGAACUCUCCGCCUUCUCCAACUCAGACCAGUUCCAAUUCUUCGAUUCGUUCGCUGAGACAGACUUGGGAAGUCCUUGAUCAUGUAUUGAGAGGUCGUGCGCUUCCUGCUGCCAGUGUAAAGCCCAAGGUGAAGAAGGUACGAUUUGAUCACCCAGCUACCAUCGAAGAUCUAAGGAAGAGACUGAGGUACGAAAGCGGUCUACCUCCAAGACCUGCGACCCCAUAUCCUAGAGAGACCCCUCAAAGCGACGAACCUCCGCCUCACACUGGCGCAGCUCAUGAUAGUCUUACUCUAACAGACCCCACUCCGAGCGAUCCUGCUCCUGCCGAAUCUCAACAUAGACCACCCCAAGAGAACUCACCUGAGAAGACCCCGCCUCGAAGAUCACCUCCAAAGAAACGACCUCCACCCCUAACAAGGGAGCUGAUGGCAAAGACAAUGGGCCCCGGAAAAAGAGCGACUACACCCCAACGGAAACCGUCUCCAGGACACUCGCCUCUGGGUAAGCCGCCUCUACACUUUUCGCCUCCCAACGACCAGCAGCAAGACAGCACAUCUCAAGACGACCAGGCCUACCCGCCGGCAUAUUCUUAUUACCAAAGCGUUCUCAGCUCUCCUGUCGACUCCCCUAAUACGCCUUUCCCAAUCAACCAUGAGCCACUGAUGGAGCAGGACGCACGCCCCCUUGAAGGCCUUAAGGUUGAUGAGGAUGGACUUGUCAGAGACGCGGAUGGUACGAUCAUUGGCAGGGUCUGGCUAGGUGAUGUCAAAGAGCUUGCUAGGCGUAUUGUCGGUGACAAGGGCGAGAUUAGGGAUGAAAACGGUGGCGUCAUUGGCUACUGUCAGGUGACCUUGUCAAGUCGUGAUCCUCGAUAUCCAGAUUUAAGGGACCAUCUAGUGGUUAGAAGGAAGGGCAAUCGCAAACAGGACAAUCGUAACUCGGGCGCAUCACUGUCGUUACCUCGGAACCCCCAAUAUCCAGACCUGUGGGAACAUCCCGUAAUCAGAGCCGCCGUUCUCCGGCCAGAAAUCGACCCCCUCCCCGCAAACCUCUACGACCUGCUCCCGAACGACUGGCCAGAGCUACCACCGGAUCGUAGCUUAUGGCGCCCCUGGCAGCUUCUGAGUAAAUGGUUGGUUGGCGCCCCAGACGACGACGUCGAGCAGCCUGGCACACCCGACCAACCCGACCGGCCAGACGCUCCCUGGGAGCCCCCCAGGCCCCAACCCCUCCAGAUCAUCAUCCACCCGCCGCCCAUAGAUCUGCUAGGCCCGCCACCGCCUGGCGCCUGGCCAAAGUCUCCCCAGCCUCCAUCCCGCCCCUCGCCCAACCCCGCCCGCAGCGUCUCCGCCACGACAGACGAAGCUCUCCUCGCAGCCGAGAUCGCGAGCCAGGUCGCUGAGGAAAUCGUGGCGAGCAUCGCGGCCGCCGCCCAACAGCGACCUGCCCCCAGACCGCCGUUCCGCCAGCCAUCGCGGUCCUGGCUGUCCUGGCUGCCGCUGCAGAGCCUCCUGCUCUGGGCCGCGGGAGCUGGCGUCCUGGGCGCGCUGCUCUGGUACCUGCCCUUCGGCCGGCUGGUCCACUACCUGCUCGUGCUCAUAGGCAUCGGGCGGCCGCUGUAUGCGCUGUGGACGCGGUUCCCGCGGUCGUUGCUCUACCGCGUUGUGGGCUAUGGGGGCUUGGUGGGGCUGUCGUGCCUCACGCGGUGGGCGGUGGAUGGGGUUAAUGUGUUUGAUCUUGUGAUUGGGGGCGCGGUGGGGUGGGAAGUUGUGGGUGUGCUGCCGAUGAUGGGAGCGCUGUGGAUGCCCCUUUACCAGCUCGUGAGUGCGGUCUUUGAGGGCGUAAGUGCUGUGGGCGGGUGGGCUGUUGAGACGGCGACCUCGGUGCGAUGGCGGGCGGAGGGAGUGGUAGCGCCUGUGCUGCGCACGUCACGGAAUCUUGUAUUUCGAGGUAGGGUGCAGAGUGCGUGGAGGAGGUGGUGGGUUAAACUGCUCUUUUUCUUGGUGCUUGCGGUAGGUCGAUGGGUUGAGGUUUUGAGGUGUAUCAACAAAGAGCACGACGAACUUUGAUGUGCUUGUUCAAAAACCGUACACUGGCACUACUAAUGGCUGUCGGAUUAUAAAGGUACUGGGGAGAUCGAAACCAUCGUACGAGCGAGCGAAUGGCGGAGGAUUGGUAGUUAGCAUAACGUAGGUGACGGGGUUAUUGCGGCUAAGUCUACUCCGUAGCUUAACUAGUGCCGCGAACACCAAAGAUUUGUAUGACACCAGCAUUUCCACACACAAUCACGCAGAAUAACACUAAGACAAGGA